GCAUCGCGUACCUCUCGCCAUCUUUCCUCCCAUUUCCCGACAACCUGUUUCCCAGCAUCCCAGCCUUGAGCACGCUGUCCACGAUGCCCGUCAGGCGUGGCUCCAGCGCGGCCCAUAACGUCUCCGGGUCGUCAUCGCGCGUGCAUCGAAGCAACGGCUCGAAUCACAGCGUCUCGGGGCCCUCCUCGCUGGCACCCUCUUCAAGCCUCACAUAUGUAAACUCUACGGCACCAGCGACUCCGCAGCAGAAGGUGGUGUCAGUUCUUGUGAAUAGACUCAAAAACAAGCUACCAUGUAAUUCUGGAAUACCACUUGUAGAAGUCGAGGCGGACGACGCUAUACAGCAGGUGGUAGAGUCAUUAGUGGAACUAUCGCAGGACGCGUUGGACAUCAUCGGAUGGGCACUCACCGAGUUACUUGAGAAGCUGGCGAAGCAAACGGACAUGCACGGCUACAGGAGCAUCGACGUCCUCCAGUCUCAACUAUUUGUGCUUAAAGUCCUUGCAAUAUGCAUGGCGUCGCGCUGGGGCCGCCGUCAGGACGGAGCACGGCCGAGCUCUCGCAAUAGCAAGCAAAUGUCUACCACUAGCUCCAAUCCUAGCAUCCACGAAUCCUCCUCCACGUCCUCUCACGCUACGCGGCGGCAACACGGGCCUUCAGAACAACUUUCGCUGCUAGUCGAGCCGCCCCCUCUGGACGACAACUGCGCCAAGUACAUCUUGAGCGUAAUGGUGCUGCUGCUGCGAGAGACAGCACCACCGAAGUAUCGACUAAUGUCAUCCGCGAACAUGGAUUUUGCAGCGUCGCAUCACGACUUUGAGUCGGUGGAGGCGUCGGAUAUGGGAUCCAGUGUGGACCUGCUGAGCGCACCUGCGCUCCCCGCAAGCAUUUCGCCGGUUCCGCGUAUGAUGUCUCGCACCAGGCAUGCGUCGUCGACGUCCUUGAACUCGACGACGCCUAGUACUGUCUCAUUCGGUCAAGCGUCGAAGCAUUCGCUCAUGUACGAGAGGACGUCGAUCGUAACCUCUAAAUCAAUAUCGGCGCUCAAUACCCUAGUCGCCAAGUUUGCCGGACGUGUCGUAUACCACCUAUCUGCGUCGAACUGGAAUGUCGUCCUCAGUCGCGUCCGCCAGAAGAUACACUUUCUGGCGAGUACUACCGAGAGUGAUCCGGAGAUCGUGGACUUGCAGCUCAUGGUGCAUAGUGCUGUGGAUAGGGGAAGACUCGUCCAAGCUCUACAAGAACUAUCAUCAUUGCUGCUGAACAUGAAACACGAUGCGCAGGCUGCUAUUGCCAUUCCUUUACGCGCCGCUAUCUGGAACUGGAUUGAUAUGUGUCCCGAAGAAUAUAACGAUACCAUUCGUUACCAUCGCCGGAUGGAAGGAGCCCCAGAACGCGUCUUUGAUAUCCUUUUCGACUUCUGCGAGUCGCAGCAUAGGGUGAAUGUAUGGCCGACGCUGGCAGCACUAGCAUGCAUCAGUUCGGAACGCAUCAGAACCGAGUAUCAAGCUAAUUCAUUGGGAAUGCCGAGGGGUCAGCAUGGCCGUAGAGAUCGUUACUUUUAUGAAAUGGUGAUGCGCAGUUUGACUUCACAGAAAGUCUCCGAGGAGGCCGUUGUAUGCGCUUUGGAUUUGUGCAGAGCAGCGUUCCGCAUACGUCCGGAGGAUGGCGCUGAACUUGCAAUACAUCUCAUCGCGCACGACAUCGCUCAUGAUCUAAGAAGCAUGUUGGCAAGCUGGAAUGGUCCGAAGCCAUUCUAUGAACAUCCCGAAGAGAUCGACGUGGCGCUGAUUGCGGAUAUCCUGGUCACGAUGUUCAGGUAUCUUCCCGCAGAGGAUGUCAUACACGUCUUUACUGUUUGCUUGGAACCUCAACGCUCUGACGCCGUGAAGAUCUCCGUGAUCAAGGCCUGCAUCACCUUGGUAAAUGAGGCUGUACGAUGCCCGUGGCAAGCACCCUUGGAUGAACUGAGGGAUGCAGUGAAGCAUAGGUUGUUCGCAAUCUACGAGAGCACUACGACCCGUCGUAGCGAGAUUGAUAAACACGGAAACGUUAAGACACGAUCUUUGCGCCCGAAAGCCAAGCGAUACACGUCGGAAACGCUCCCCGAUCGCGAACUGUUAACAUAUUCAUUGUUGGCUUUACACCGUGCCGUUCCGGAAUGGGUUUUCAGUUGUUUAACAGAGAAUCACGGACCAGAAGAUGAUCCCAAUGUCAUCGAGGCGUGGCGCACGCCGAUGGAUCCUGCUAUCAAGAUAGCCAUGGCUCGUACUUCCCGUAGCCUCUACGAUGCAGUGAGCCGGAUCAGUCCUGAUGAUCCCGCAUUCACGGCGACUAUAUCGUGGAUGAAGCGUUCAGCUCCAUCAACUCUUGCUACAAUGUGCACGAACCUGAUCGAUUCACGUACAGAUCUCCAGGCUCAGCGAAUGUGGAUCAACAUGGCAUAUGAAGUGUUGUACCGCUUCGUCCGGCAGACGAACGUGGAACACGUGAGAGAGUGCCAACUCACUCCGUUGCGCCUGCCUGCGUUUGCAGUUGCGGAGAUAGCGUUUCUCGUAUCGCUUACCUCUGCAGACGCGAAUGUGACAUUGACAGCUGCGCAUUGCCUGCGAUUACUUGCCCAAGCGGAAACUGCGCCAAAUGCUCCCGUAUCCAAUGGAUUCAACGAGGAUGAGCGCGUGAAACGCUAUCCGAUUUAUGAACAGCUUGGCGACCCGAAGGUGUUAUUGGUUGGUCGAAUCGGACAUCAGAGACGUGUGCGGAAGCUCAUGCGCUUGAUGCCAUCAUCAUCUCCAGUGCAUCUCGGUGUUUGGCAAGAAUGUUACUUCCGUUGGUGUACACUGCACGAAAUAGCCAUCAACAAGUCAAUAGAGAGUACGGCUAACGGUUUCGAUAGCGGUACUGCACCGAUAGGCGAUCGAGCGCUUUCUGCGGAGGAAGGAUUAUAUCAAUGGCAAAAUCUCACGCUUUUCCUUGCGGCGUUCGGUUCCGCUUGCCUUCGUGAUCAGCUUCAUCCAGACGACCUAUCGCUCAAUAUUGCAUCAGAAUACCUGGCGGAUCAGAUGCGUAACCUGAGGGACCCUACCCCUCUCCUUAGUCACUUCAUCCAAACUCUCCUCAACCUGCUCCUGCAUGAAGACAUUCACGUGCGUGAUACGGCAAGAGAUGCUCUUGGUAGCGAAGCUAGUCCUCGCCUAUACACAAGAAUUUUCAAAGAACUGGACAAUGUAGUUCGUCUGACGGCAGAGGGCGAUAGCGUUGACUGGGAUAGUCUAGCUAUUUUUGUCGAUCAAUUCUUGGCAAUCCUGAAAGUUCUUGUCGAAAACGUACAAUGCCUGGAGGAGAUACGUGGAAUGGAUCUAUGUUCCACUCUCUCACUGGUAGCUGGCUUCAUUGGACGCUUCCACGACUCUGUCGCCUAUCGGCUGCGCAUCAAGUUCUGCAGCAUGUGCGAAGCCGUGUUCGACCAGGCGGAGACCAUCACAAUGCGGAAGGACAAUGGCAGCAGGCAGAAAAUUGCCGACAUUAUCAUUGAAUGGAUUCAAGAUCCAGCGUUGUGCGACAGAAACUUUUUGGCAGCGCAGCGGGACCUCAACCUUUCCGCUUUCCGAGCGUCAGUAAAGUUGUUUGACCGCUUACAGCUGCAGCCUCCAGAGGGCACGAGCGGCGAGGAGGCUGCUCACGUUGUAUCACGUCUCUUCAUACGGUAUUCGACUGUGCUUUUCAAAGCAUGGGAAUCCGCCCGUUCUGAAACCUUCGUUCCGGACGACCGUUCUACAGACAAGUCUUCAUCCUUCUCUGGGGUACGGAUCGGUCCCCGGGAUAGCCAUAUGAGAGAGUUGGUGAUCACAGGACUGGCAUCCCUUGUCAGUGCGAACCCUGAAGUUGGCGUGAAACAUACAAUGCCGUUAGCGUAUGAAACGGACAUUACCAAGCGAAUCAUCUUCUCCUACAUCUUCGCUCGCGUGCUUCCUCAGGGUAUUACUCUAGUCAGCCAGGAUCACAAGCCAACCGUGCACCGCCAGAGCCGACUUUGUGAACUUGUUAAGGGCCCCGACCUGUCUUUAGCUCUUGCCAUCUGUGAAGUUUGUCCGCCUGCGGAAGUUGAUAAUCUGAUCCCUGUCAUGCUCAAUCUCUUUGAUACCCGAACGUCAUUGAUGGCACUGCUGAAGAGUAUGAUUGACCUCGAGGUUGCACGCACAGACAGCGAUACCUCGUUGUUCCGUGGCAACUCCACAUGCACGCGCUUCUUGUCCGCGUUCGCCAACAUCUACGGCUACAACUACUUACGAAGUCUCAUCAUUCCGCUCGUUAAAACCAUGACCUCCAUGCCGGCCGGCCAUGGUUAUGACCUAGAUCCCUCUAAGGUCGGUGAACAAGCUGCAAAACAGAAUCAAGCCAACAUUCAGCUGGUCACAUCGUCGUUUCUUGAGAUCAUUAUCUCUUCCAGCAAUGCAGUUCCUAUGAUGCUCCGUGAAAUUUGCGCGCAUAUCGCCAAAGUUGUCAAUGAACAGUGGCCAGAGGCAAAGUUUGCUGCUGUCGGAGCGUUCAUGUUCCUGAGAUUCAUAUCUCCUGCUAUCGUCGCUCCGGAGACCGUUGACGUCGAGAUCCUCAGGGAUGAUUUCGUCAUCCGCCGUGGCCUGAUGCUCGUCGCCAAAAUUAUUCAGAACUUAGCCAACAAUAUCCUCUUCGGCAAAGAAGCGCACAUGAUUGUCCUCAACGACUUCCUAUUGGCAAACAUCAUGAAUGUAACGCGGUUCUUGAGUGAUCUCAAUAGGGUCAAUCCUUCUGGGUCGGAAGAAGAGCCGGAAGAAUGGUUGGAUACUUCAUACGAUGACACCGACACCAUCAUGUUGCAGCGCUUCUUCGAGAAAUACGCCGAUAAAGUUGGCAAGGAGCUCCUGAGUCUCUCAAAGCCGCCAGCCGAGAAGGGUGCGGCUCAGACAGAGACAUCAUCCGUACACGGCAAACGUAUCUGGGAUGCAUUAUGUGCUGCGCUUGUUGAGCUGGGCCAACCUCUGGAAGGUCCCCGUAUGGUCACUAUAAGCAGUCGUAUGCAUGCGGAGUACCUCGACUUGAUGUCGAGAUAUGAGCAUCGAGAUACAAGCCCUGUGCGGGAGCUUUUCUCGGAAGUCAUUACGACGACACCUCAGAAUCCGGUCAUGUUUGUGCUUUCAGCAUCCAAAAUAGACGUCGAGGUGCUCGACAUUGAACUUCUUCUAUUCUACAUCUUCAAAACCCUUACUUCCCCUUCAUUUGAGAGCCGGGACUUCGAUCUCAUCGUAGAUUUUACAUGUUUCACACUAGGUUCACAGAUACCUAUCCAAUGGCUGAAGUUCGCGUACGAAGUUAUCCCUGUUGACAUUCGUGCACGGUUCCGCACGGCACAUAUAUUGACUCCGAAUGCCUUGGCGUUGAAGUACAUCAAGCGGCUUUGUAGUCUUUCUUCCGGAGCUCACCUUUCAGCCAAUUAUUUGACGUAUUCGUCUAUGGAGGAGCUUCUGCAGCGCCUGCCUGAAGGAACUUUUCUUCCGUCUCUAACCUAUGCUCGCUCAUUGGAGGCAGAACCUUGUACUCGAUUUGAGGAAGUCACCAUGCGACAUACGCAUCCAAUGCGUGUACCUGUGAUGCUUGAGGUUGCCCAGAGCCACUUGCGCAUUACUACUGUGAAAGCACAGUUGAUUGGCGGCUCCACAUCAUGCAAGACGACGGAGAUCAUACCCUUAACGGACAUCAACGACGUUUACAGCGUGUCCGCUGGCCAUGAUACGCAUGAGUUCAUUAUCCGCAAGAUUCGUCAUGGUGUUACAUUGUAUUUCUCGUCUUCUAUUCGAGAGACCAUAGUCAAGGCAAUACGGGGUGUCAAGGGCAAUAUGCGAACCGUGCAGUUCCCAGGCGCAGAGCGGCUGUCGAGAUUCUCAAACGUAGCCGCAACUCUCUUGCAUGUUGGCAUGCUAGGUGUAAGCUCCGGCGAGGAGGAGCUGCGCAUAGCCGCAAAUGAGUUGCUACAAGCCGUGUGCACGUAUCUAGAUUUCGAGGGAAAACCGUUGGUCACGUCUAAAACGAGUCUGGUACAUGGCAUUCAAGGACCACUUUUGGUACAAUUGAGCGAAGCCUUGGCCGCUUUUGCUCCUCAUCUGGCGCUAGACUUCAUCACGGAGGUGUCAACCAAUAUGAGCAGGGAACCCGUGCAUCUCAGGGUUGUCUGUAUACACUAUAUGGCACCCUGGGUCAAACACUUGGUAUGCUUCACUGACCCGGCGAACAAACUCUAUGAACCGUCGACGACGAAGUUCCGAGAUUGUGUACGUACCCUUGUUGAUUUGACGAUGGCCGAUGACGAGCUGCACUACCUGAUCCAAAAGCAUGUUUGGACCGAAGUCGGGAAACUCGAUAGCAGCGUGGUCAAUGCUGUUCUGGAUGAGCUGAUGCGUGCUGCCGUAGACGGAGGGGCGGAUUCAGCAAGAUGCGACAGGGUGGCUGACACAGUGGGCGCCAUUUCAUCGAUCAAUGUCCGCGGGAGGAUCCUGUCCCGCUUACGUAAGACUAUCGGCAAGAGCUCGGCAAACCCAACAAGAAGUCUGGCCGACAAUCCCCAUUGGAAUGAGAUCUGCUGUUUGAUACGAUUGGCGUUAGUGGCAGGCCACCACUGCAGAAACAUAGUGCACAGCCAGCUGUUUGUCCCGGAGAUUGUUCAUCUCGUGGUGCUCACUGCCGCUACCGGUAGAACACGGAUUCGGAUAACGGUGUAUGGUGUUGUGAUCAACUUGUUGAAUUCCCAGUACACAGCCCGCCUGGCCGAUGACACUGCAAGUCCUGAGAUCCAAGCGCUACUCAGUGAAUGCGAACAGUCUGAGACUCUUCGGCUGUUCGGACUUCGUCGACCUACUCCGACUAGUGAUUACGUGAACCAGGAUCCCUCGAAUGACAAACAAUACAUCGAUACUAUGGAAAGCAUGGUACGCUUCCUCUCCAGAGUCCUGGAAACAAUAGCUGGAACCAAAGGUCUAUUGAACGUCUGGCGCGCUCGAUGGAUGAGCCUCAUCACGUCAUCUGCGUUCCAACUGUCCCCCGCGGUCCAAACCCGCGCCUUUGUAGCUCUGGGGAUCCUUGCGACUUCAGACGUUGAUGACGAUCUUCUAUACCAGAUGCUCGUUGCAUUCAAGACGGCUUUAGCGAAGUCGAGCGAGAACGACACGACGUCCGUCGUGAGCAUGCUGCGUUGCAUCCGUAACGUGGUCCCUGCUCUUCCCCGCAAUUCCCGCUACCUCUGCCAGCUGUUUUGGCUUGCAGUCGCGCUAUUGCAGUCUGGCCACAUGUUGUUAUACGAAGAAGCGAUCCAUCUACUUCGAGUGGCCUUGGAAGUCAUGAACAGCCAAGGUGCCUUUAGCGACUCAGGAGUGUCAGCAACGCUACUCGAUGGUCGAGUACCGCUAGAGGAGGUGGCAUGCCAACUCGAUCGUCUCCUUGGCCUCUCUUUUGAGUCGAGCUUCUCCUUCUCCCUCGCCUCGAUCAUUUUCAAAGGACUUCGACAUGCAGGUCUCAGAGAGUCCGCAGAGACGGCGUUGCGCAGCCUCGUCACUGUGACGGCAGGGUCUUGCUCAAGUGAUCACCAUGCCGAUGAUGGCCCGGGUACUCCAGUGUGUCCAGACGUUCUAGGAUAUUUCGUGGCAUUGCUGCCUACGGUUACUACAACAAAGAAGUUCAAGCGGUUGUUGAAGGAAUGCGAUGUAGACGAAUCGUGGCUCAAGCAGGAUUUUCUCUCGUCUAGCAGUGAUGAAGAGCCAUUGGCAAGAGUCCCGUUCGCGUUACUCGGCCUCAGCGAUGGCAAUACCGCGCUUUUUGUCACGUCGCUCAUCGGGGCGAUGCUGACGUCGGCACAGGGUGACGAUGCGGAGUCGCAGAUUCUCUACAACAUACUAUCCGAUGUGGCGAAUGCCUUCCCCGACAUCGUGUCGCUGACGUACGAAAGCCUGCAAGACAAAAUCAAGGAAGCGUUUGCGAACUCUUCAAGCCCCGGCAUCCUCAGUGCUGUCUCAAACCUAUUUCGAGUCGCGGUGCAUGAUAGCGAUAAUAGAGCGAGUGCUACAGGAGGCUCUACUUCAUCGCUCAGCAUUGACGAUGCCGCUACGCAUGGACCAGGCCGAAGCCACCUUUUCGCCCUGGAGGAGCAGAGCAUGCAAGGUCUGGCGAACAGCUUCCAAUUCCUGCCGGCGAACCAAGGCCAUGCCACAAAGAUGAUCAACUGGAUCUCGGAGCUGGUUAUGAAAAUUAUAGAGUAAAUUGAUGCGUUCUUACCUCGUUGCUGGGUUUCUCCGCGCCGUUUCUGCAUGUUUGCUUGCAUAUAGGAGGUUUAAUAGCUGUCCGACUUCCGUGGCAGUUGUUCGUCACACGUUUCGAUAUCCUGUCAAUAAUGUCGCUGCCCCGGUGUAAAUUCUGGAUUGACGAUUCCCUCUCUAGCCAUGUAUAAUACUACUCGUUUCCUUUCGUCUAUCAUUAUCUCUUCAGACUUCUAGUGUACAUCCAUGUAUUAUGCUGUCAAUUGCAAUUGAUUCGAUCGAUGGCGUGAAUGCGCG